AGUCCUGUCGAGCCAAUGAGCUGGGACCGGAUACGAUAUAUCCUCUGGGACAACAACUGUUCUGUUCCUCCUCACAUCCACAUGACGCCAUUUACUAAACCCGACCUCCUCCGGAAAAAAAAGAAAAAAAAGAGCAGAAAGACUCAAAAGCACCUCAGAUCUCAAAGCAGCCAAACAUUGAACAACCACAGGAACGUUGCUUCAGACACCCCCACAUCACAAACCACUGUGAAAGACAAGUAUUAUACAGCAUUGAAACUUGCAAGUUACCAGUAACAUUCUGCAGAGCUGAACGUAUUGAAUUACAUUUUAGUAUAGUGCAAACAGUUGGAUUUUUUUUUACUUUCUUGCAGAGAGUAUAUGCGGAUUUGUUGGCUGUCGCUUACGCCCGCGUGUUCAUGAGGAAAGGAAUAUUUUUUUUCUUGCAGCCAGAAGCGGAACGUGCGAGCUGUAACUUAAUUGGAUCGAUUGCGACUGUGUUGGAUUUUUGGAUGGGUUUACAACCGGACUGAGACUGUUUUGGAAACUGUACCUGAUUUGGAUCUACAGUAUUUGCAAAUCCAAGAGGAGAGGGGUGCAGCGCCGUGAUCACGGAUUUCAGAUGUGUUCUAAGCCUGCUGGAGUGAUCACUCUUCAGAGUACAGAUGGAGACAAGAACUCAAAACGGCAGUGGUUCUCCCGCCCUGCUGCAUUUUCUGCGUGACACUGGGAGGCAGCAUACAGGAGAACCAGACCCAAGGGAUGUCUUGACUCAUCAGGUCCAGGUGUUGUCGCUUGACCAGAUCAGGAUAAUAAGAAGUACCAAUGAGUACACAGAAGGACCUACGGUGGCUCCCAGACCUGGGAGUAAACCUGUCACUUGCCAACCUUCCCAGCAAAAAACAGAAAGGGUGCACGGCUUAAGUGAGCAGGAGCAUCAGAGGUUCAACCAGAGGGGACAACACCACCACCAUCAUCACACACAUUCUUCUUGGGACCCUUUGACCCGUUCUACAAGUAUAAUGAGCACUGGUUCAAGGAGUAGUACAAGGACAAGUACAAGUAGUACUUCUUCUGAGCAUAGGCUUUUAGGGGCUCCUCUUCCCUCCCCGCCAGGGCCAGUAAUGGACCAGAUAAUCAGGCUGCAGCCCAAGCCUUCGGAACUUAAAUCAGAGCUGAAGCCCUUAAGUGUGGAGAAAUGCAGCAAGCACAUGUACCGCUGUGAGGACUGUGGGAAAUGCAAGUGUGAGGAGUGCACUUCUCCAAGGGCUCUUCCCUCAUGCUGGGUCUGUGACAAGCGCUGCCUUUGCUCGGCACAGAACAUGGUGGACUAUGGUACUUGUGUCUGCUGUGUUAAGGGCCUCUUUUACCACUGCUCUACUGAUGACGAGGAUAACUGUGCAGACAACCCUUGCUCGUGUCAUCGGUCUAACUGUUUUGCUCGGUGGUCUGCCAUGGGUUUUAUGUCCUUCUUUUUGCCUUGCCUGUUGUGUUAUCUUCCUGGCAAGGGUUGCCUUAAAUUGUGCCAGGGCUGUUACGACUGUGUCAAGCGUCCUGGCUGCAGGUGCAAAAACACCAAUACAGUCUGUUGCAAAGUUCCAAAUGCCCCGCCUCGGAAUUUUGAGAAACCAACAUAGGCAGCACAUCUCUAGUAAGGACUUGCAUCAUCCACAACAAACUUAUAACAAAGUUGUAGUUCUGGCACUGUAGUACCAGGGGUUGGGGGAUUUACUUCACUGUUUGAAGUGACACGAUUUGUGUUUUUUUGGGCUUUUUUUUUUUUUGAAAGCUCGUCCAGAAAUGUAAUUCUUCACUUGUAAUAUAACUGAUAAGCUAAAGCUGUAAACACUCCUGAUCAGUGUAUUGUUGUGAAUAGUACUUGCAAAAUAUGUAUAUUAGCAAAUUUACUUUUGUUUUCUGCCAGAGAUAAUGUGUUAUAUUUUUGUAUAUAUAAUAUUUCAACUGUGAAAACAAUGGUGCCAUAGCAAUGGCAUCCUGAUAAAAUAUUAUACUAAUAUGUUGUACAUUUGGUUGAAUGUGAAUCAAUCCGUAUAUUUUAUAUUAGUCUAUUUUGCCUUGGACAAAAGCCCACAAAUACAUGAAUCUCCCCUCAGCUACAUGUAUAUUGUACAGUGACCAUAAGAAACUGCCUUUAUUUUCUAAUUUUUCAACAUUUAGUGUAAAGAAUAUUUAUUUGAAGUUUUAUUAUUUUAUAAAAAAAAAAAAUAUUUAUUUUAAGAGGCAUCUUCAAAAUAUCAUCCUUUUUUAAAUGGGGGGGAGAAAAAAACUGUUUCUGCAGAUAAGGGUGACGCAAAUCAGAUGCAUAUGUUCACUAUAAAAUAGAAAAUAUAUUAACGUUUGAAAUUAAACAAUGGAGUUUUGUGGGGUUUUUUUCUAUGUUUUGAUACAACUUGUUCAUCUGAAUACUUACAAAAGAUCUGUUUUUAAAUGGAUGUAAUUGCAGUGAAACCCUCUUAGUGGGAUUAUUAUAAAGUCAGUUUUGAUUACAAUAUGUAUUGAUUCAAUGAACCAGUGUUCUGUUUAGUGGUUACACUGCAGUUUACACUAUCUGAGAGUUGGUACAUCAGUAUACUGGCUUGAAGUGUAUCAAUUCAGCAAAUUGUUUUAGUUUUGGUGCUCUAUCAAUCUAUCUAUAUCUAUCUAUCUCAGCAUCAAAACUAAAAAUGAUUUACUGAAACAGAGUGAAGAUGAGUCAGUCUGUAUUUAAAGGCUCAUAUCAUACCUCCAUUUUUUGAAUUGGUAAAGACAGCCCAUGCUCAGAUUUGAUACAUCCCUCACAAUAAACCUUGAACCUUG